AUGCCUCCCGAGCCAAUCGCCCUCGUUGGUAGCGGUUGCCGAUUCGCGGGCGAUGCGACUUCACCUUCUAAACUGUGGGAAGUCCUAGCGGACCCCGUUGAUCUUUCGCGACCGGUACCCGCGAACAGGUUCUCUUCGACAGGUUUCUUCCACAAAGACCCAGAGUAUAAUGGCACAACGAAUUCUCCUUAUGGGUACUGGCUGAGUCAGGACGUGGACAAGUUUGACGCCGCCUUCUUCAACAUUUCCAAGAGAGAGGCCGAGUCCAUGGAUCCCCAGCAACGACUCCUUCUUGAGGUCGUGUACGAGGCCCUUGAGUCCGCUGGGUACAGUUUGAAGACGAUGGCCGGUCGCAACGUUGGGGUCUACACCGGUGUCAUGACAACGGACUACAGGUCUCUCUCCGAGAGGGAUGAACUGAACGCGUCGCAAUAUGCGGCCACCGGCAACGCGAGCUCCAUCGUCGCCAACCGAAUUUCGUACUUUUACAAUUUUAACGGCCCGUCCAUGACCAUCGAUACGGCGUGUUCGUCAAGCUUAGUUGCUCUGCACCAAGCCGUGCUGGGCCUCCGCUCAGGAGAGACAUCCAUGGCCUGUGUCGCCGGCGCCAACCUGAUGCUUACCCCAGAGCAGUUUAUCUCUGAGUCUGACCUGCACAUGCUAAGCCCCACAGGUCAUUGCCGGAUGUGGGAUUCAAAGGCUGAUGGGUACGCGAGAGGCGAGGGAGUGGUCACCAUCCUCAUCAAGACGCUCACCCGUGCUCUCGCCGAUGGCGAUAGCAUCCAAGCUAUCAUUCGUCACACCGGAGUGAACUCGGACGGAAGGACACAGGGCCUCACAGUGCCAAGCUCAGUAGCACAAUCUGCACUGAUCCAGCAGACAUAUGAGAAGUCGGGUCUGGAUCCUCGAAACCCAAAUCAUCGGCCGCAGUAUUUUGAGGCCCACGGAACCGGAACUCCUGCGGGUGAUCCAAGAGAGGCUCGUGCGAUUGCUGAAGCCUUCUUCGGUGAAGGCGAAGAUCACAUGUCACUGUCAACAAUGUCACAUGACGCCAAAUUGUUCGUUGGCUCAGUGAAGACAGUCAUCGGGCACACCGAGGGCGCAGCAGGACUUGCCGGAAUUCUUAAAGUCGUUCUCGCGAUGCAGAACGAUUCAAUCCCAGGGAAUAUGCACUUCGAAUCCUUGAAUCCAGGUGUGCUUCCCUUCUAUCGCAACCUACAAGUCCCCACCCAGAUACUCGACUGGCCAUCCCCUCCAGAAGGACAGCCCAUGAGAGCGAGCGUGAAUUCUUUCGGUUUCGGAGGCACGAACGGGCAUGCUAUUGUUGAGAAGUAUCUACCAGAAAUUCACGACAACGAGGUCCUAAUAGCCUCACCCACAGCCGACUACCUCUCGUCUCUGAAUAUCCCCACGACUGGCUGGUCUGAGAAUAAGGGAGUUUCAUUACCUCUCUUGAUUACAGCUGCAUCAGAGGAGUCCUUUAUUUCAACUCUCAAGAACCUUGCGUCAUACAUUCGAGAGAACCCACAUUUGACUACUCAAGAGCUGGCCUGGCAUCUCUAUAGUCGCCGUACAGCGCACGGUCUGAAGGUGUUUGUGGUCUCGGGACCUGGGAAGGUGACCCUAUUGAUGCCAACCCUGCGAGCGUUGAUUGAACGGGCAAAUAAAACCUCUCUCAUCCAGAGUGGUACUGUCAUCCGAUCCAAGAAGACCUCGAAUACUCCACGCAUACUUGGAGUCUUCACAGGACAGGGAGCACAAUACACUGCUAUGUCAAAAGGCCUUCUCUUCACAAGCGCGGUCUACCUUGACACCAUUAGGAGGCUCGACAGCAUUCUGCAGAACGACUGCCCUGACCCUCCAGAGUGGACUCUGGAGGAGAAAAUCAAGUCAGAAGGCGGCGGCCCAGGCGUGAGCACGGCUGCUUUAGCCCAACCCCUGUGUACCGCGGUUCAGAUUGCCUUGGUGGAACUGCUCGCCAGCAUCAAUGUAUCUUUCAGCUGUGUUGUCGGACACUCUUCUGGAGAAAUUGCAGCUGCUUUCGCGGCUCAACGAUUGUCAAUGCGCGACGCCAUAUUGAUUGCCUAUUAUCGGGGCCGGUUUGCAUACCUGGCUUCAGGGAAUGGUGGGAGAAAUGGAGGCAUGAUGGCAUGUGAAAUGUCAAAGCAACAGGCCGAGCACUUUUGCUCCUUGCCUGAGUAUCACGGCCGUAUUGGCGUUGCGGCGAGCAACUCUCCUAGCCUGGUCACCUUAUCUGGAGAUUUCGACACCAUUACUGCUGCAUCUCAAGUGCUAAAGACUGAGGGGAGAUUGGCAACAAUUUUGAAAGUGGACACAGCAUACCACUCAUUUCAUAUGGUCCAUUCGGUCCAAGAAUACUCCAAGGCCUUAUCACAGUGCGGCAUCCAGGCUCGCCCGCUCCAAGGUGAUGCCCCGCCCACGUGGGUCUCGAGCGUUCACGGCCAGCUGGUUGACAUUCCUGCUGAAGACUUGGCAAUCGAUUACUGGAGGGACAACAUGCUAAGGCCUGUCCUUUUUCAUGAGGCACUUGGAGCAGCCCUGAGUGGCUUUGGGCCGUUUGACUGCGCAAUCGAGGUCGGACCUCAUCCCCAACUGAAGGCCCCGGCCAUGGAGACCAUCAAGAGUUACAUGACCGCUGAGCUGCCUUAUUACGGACUACUCCAUAGGGGCAAGCAUGCGGAGAUUGCAUUCGCCGAAUUCCUUGGGUCCAUGUGCAUCACCUUUGACAACGCUGCUGUAAACAUCCGCAGCUUUGUCCAGCAAUCCUCUCAACCUGAUCUCGUCAACUCGCGCCUUGUCGGUGCGCCGACAUAUGCUUGGGACCACACGCAGGCGUACUGGAGAGAAUCCCGGCUAUCAUCCCAGUACCAUUUCCGAGAUCAACCACCACAUGAGCUUCUCGGUGUACGCACUCGCGACGAUAACCAAUUUCAAAUGCGGUGGCGAAAUAUCCUCAAGGUUGAGCAGAUCCCGUGGGUAGAAGGGCACAAGUUCCAAGGCCAAGCACUGCUCCCAGCGUCAGCGUACUGCAUUAUGGCACUCGAUGCAGCCAGAAUUGCUCUGAAUGGACGCCGUGCAUCGGUUAUUGAGCUGCAGGAAAUGAAAUUCCUCAGCGGUAUUACCUUGGAAGCUGGUUCUCUCGGGGUGGAAGUAUUGUUCACUCUUUCCAUCCUGCCUGCACAACAGUCUCAGCCGGAUGGCACAAAUACCAUCCAAGCUGAUAUCACACUGACCUCAGUUCCUGUCACCUCAUCCAAACCCAGCCCAAUGAAGAAGAACUUCGAAGGAAGGAUCGUCAUCAUCCUCGAUGAUCCCUCUCCAUAUUCCCUACCUCCUCGAUUCUCUGGCCCUCUCGCAGAGACUGCGCCCGUAAACAUAGGUGCAUUCUACCACAUGAUGGAAGGUAUUGGACUGUCGUACACAGGUCCUUUCCAGGCACUCGAAUCCAUUGAUCGGCGUCUCAACUACGCGAGAGGAACUCUCGGCAAGGUCCACCUGUCAGAUACGACACGUCUGGACAUGAGCCCAGCGUUUCUCGAUAGUUGUUUCCAGGCCACCUUUGCAACAUUUUCGUCGCCCGGUGACAGGGCCCUUUGGACAUCUUUCCUUCCCACGAAGAUCGGCAGAAUGCGUUUCAACUUGGCUUUGUAUGGCGGUCAGCGUUCUUCGGAAAAGAUGACCGUGGAAUGUGAGCUCACCAAGUUCGACCAUUACUCCUUUGGCUCUCCAGCCACCAUCACCGCCGACCUAUACAUCUACAGCGACAUCGGACAGACGGCGGUACAGCUUGAGGACCUGGUCGUCUCCUCUUUCUCCUCAGCGAAGCCCCAAGAUGACUACGAGUUGUACCUGCACACAGUCAUAGACUUGGACCCUGAGUAUGGAAUUGCCACCUGGCGUGACCAGCCCAAGUUUGUUCGCAAACACAUCAAGGAGAGCUGUGAUCUUGUCGCCCAGUUUUACAUCAAGGAGUCGACGAGUAUUUCGUCGCCCGACACGCCACCGAAUUCGCCCCGAAGUAGCUCACCCGCGACCGAUGCAAGCAAAGGCUCCAUUGAAAACGAGCAAGACAUGGAAAUAUUCAUAUCGAAUUCUCCAUACUACCAUGCGUUGGACCUGAUCCGCAGCCCUCUUAUGGUUGGAUUAUCACAAUCAGAUCCGCGUAGGUUGCCACGUGUGUACAAGUCUGUUGUUGACAGCGCGUAUGCCGCGGAACACAUCAGCGCACAUCUGGGCAGAGUCGUUCAACAGAUCUCACAUCGCUUUCCACGAAUGGAUGUCCUUGAUCUGACCUUUGCGGAGUGGACAUUUACCGAAAACGCACUUGAAGGCCUGCGCGGCUCAUUCUCGUCAUACAAUCUGAUGGCGUCGGAGAAGCCCCAAAACUUGCUGCAUCGUUGCCCAGAUCUGCAUGGUAACAAGAAGGUGUCUUCCGUAAACUUCGAUUUCGAUGCGAUGGAAGAUGAGAUGGAUCUAGGUGAUACGGUCGGUACUUACGACUUGGUCAUCCUAUCAACCGUUGUAUUCUCCAUGUUCAACGCCGGCCAAGCAGAAAUCAUUCGAAUGAUCAGAAGGCUGAUGAGGAUGAGAGGCUUCAUCAUCAUAGUCGACGCACUGCCUGUAUCGACACUUGAGCGCAUGGUUGGCCUAGAGCGGGGGCGAUUAAGGCAGCUCAUCUCGGAUGUGUGGCAACCCUUUGAUGCUCAAUCACUGCACAACGACUUGUUUUUGCCAGAAACUGAGAACUCCACACAAACCUUCUCUUCUGGUUGGUCGAUAACUGUACGACAAGCAAGUGGACAUCUUCCGAUGCUCGAUGACAGCAAAUCCAGCGAGUCGAUACUCCUGGUCGGCCCAGGUUCAUCAAUAAUCGUGGGUAGUCGACUGUCUGAUUUCUGUGAGGAACACGGAUUACUCCCAAACUGGGCGAUUCUCCCUCCCAUUGGUGAGGUAGAGGAUGUUACGCCAGAUGUAGCGUCCAAGGCCACUGUUGUCAUAAUGCUUUCGGAUUUGUACGCGCCGGUCUGCACGAAUAUGACUGAGGGCGGCUUGAACUCGCUCAAGUCCCUCAUGCAGCCUGGAAAGACCAUCAUGUGGGUGACGACUGGCGCGCAAAACAGCCCGGAGACAGCGGCAUCCCUCGGCCUGACAAGAACUUUGAAGGCGGAGAACCCAAACCUGAUUUUGCAGGUCCUCAACUUCUAUGAUACCGACAAACACACAGUGGGCACGAUUAUAGACCGACUGAUGCAACUCAUUCAGUACCGGGAUCAUCUCCAGCCCGCGGAGAGCCUGAAGGAGAGGAUGCUUUUCACGCUCGAGCCUGAAAUCCACUUCCAUGGAACCGAACGGGGUGUGCCCCGCGUGCUUCCGUACAAACCGGCGAUCGAGCGUCUGAACUCCAGUCGAAGAGAAGUGUUCAGGACGUACAAUAGCCUCGAAACCUGUCUGUCUAUCGGUAGUGCCCGAGGCAACGACGGUGUAACUCGGGUUGAGGUUUACCGCUCGGAGGAUCCGAUGAGAGGUCUUGCCGGAGAUUCAGAAGUUGAGAUUGUGGAUGUCGAGUUCACCUCGCUGUAUCCUCUUUUGACCAGGGGCGAAACGCAGCUGCACCUGUCCAUAGGCCUUUACGCCAGCACUCGCCGUCCAGUUGCAGCUUUGGCCCCCCAUGCAGCCUCGAAAAUCCUGGUCUCGGAUACCGUUGAGCUGGGUGAUCAUGUGGAUCGACGAGUGCUCGUAUCGUGGUUGGCGCCGAUGAUCUCCGCCGCUGCCAUAGGUGUCUGGGCCCGUCCUGGUGACGUGGUCUUCGUCGAACCAGAUCCAAUAUUCUUUCGCUGUGCGCGGGAGGUUCUGGCGACAAAGGGAUUUACGGUCCAUGCCUUGACGAGCGACACGGAUCUGGCCAACGAGCAUGCCGACGUCAAGUACAUUCACCCACUGAGCAACGGCCGGCAGCUGAUCAAGCUCAUCCCACGCACGCACCCAACCGUUAUCAACUUCCAACCCGAAGGGAAGGACUUGUCAAAACUCAUCCGAAGCCUCUCAAACCACUUCGAGUAUGAGCAGUGGCCACCUUCUUCGACAGCCCGUGGUGCCCUAAGAUCAGCAACGACGGGGCCAGAGCUUGCCAACUUACUGGUUAAAUGCAUCAAUAUGACAGGUCCCAAUCCAUUACCGGGCAGGCCUUCCACCUUCGUAACCCCAUCAAGCCUCCAUGGAAUGAGCGAACCGAGGCCGGCUUUCACAAUUGUGGACUGGAUGUCCGAGCGCUACGUUUCUGUUCCAGUCAAAGCCCUGGUGGAGACCCGGUUAUUAAGCCCUGACAAGACUUACAUCCUCGUUGGCAUGACCCGUGAUUUUGGCCAGAGUGUGUGUCGGCUGUUCAUCAACUACGGGGCACGAAAUAUUGUCGUGGCCAGCCGCAGCAAGCCGAAGGGUACUCCAAACUGGAUCGCUGAGCUGAACGCGGACGGGGCCAACAUUCACGCCAGACAAUGUGACGCCACCGACAUAGAGAGCGUUAAAGCCUUGGGGCAGAGCCUUCACAAUGUUGGAGGUAUAGUCAACGGUGCCAUGGUCCUGGACGAUAGGAGUUUCUCCCAAAUGGACAUCGAGACUUGGACACGCGUCAUGCGACCCAAGACGCUCGGGUCCAGCAACCUUGACAAGGUCUUCAACCAGAAGGACCUGGAGUUCUUCAUCAUGACCUCCUCAUUCGCAGCCAUCGGCGGACACGCGGGUCAGUCUAACUACGCCGCCGCAAACAUGUUCAUGAACGGCCUGGCUGCCAACCGACGACAGCGCGGGCUCGCCGGAUCAGUGCUGAACAUCGGCGUCAUCUACGGCAUCGGCCUCUUGGCGCGCGAGCAGCGGAACCAGGUUUAUCACAGCCUGGAGAGAGAAGGUUAUCCGCCCAUCUCCGAGCGCGACAUCCAUCACAUGUUCCUCGAGGCAAUCGUCGCCGGUCGGCCCGUGCCUGGGCAGAUCGUGGACUUGACUACUGGCCUGGCGCGGUACCGAGUCAAUGACCCAAACCCGCUGCACUGGCACCGUGACGCGCGCUUUUCUCAUUUCACCGUCGACGAGGACACCGAUGAGACAGGGGCACAGCAGGGCGGCGGCGCGGUCGACAACCUCAAGGAGCUGAUCGGUUCGGCGGAUUCGGCUCAGGUGGUCUUGGACUUACUGGUCGAGCAUCUUUGCGCCAAUCUACAGACCACCCUCCAACUUCCACAGGGUGGCGUGGCUGCCGAUAGCCAUAUUAUUGAACUCGGCGUGGACUCGCUGAUGGCGGUUGAGAUCCGGAAUUGGUUCUACAAGAAAGUGGGAAGCGAUGUUCCGGUCAUGAGGAUCCUCCAGCCCCAGAGCAUUUCAGAGUUGUGUCUUGAUGUUGCCAACAAGAUCGUCGCCGAGAGGGGUUGA